AUGACUACUCGCACUGGAGCAAUUGCGAGCGCUCGCGAGGAAUCGCAGCUCAAUUCGAGGAAAGGGGUCCAGAAUGAAACCGAGGUCGCUCUACCAUCAACUUCAACUGCAAAGAAACGAAGUAAAUAUCGCCAUGUAGCUGCAUAUCACUCGGAAUCUCGUCCUUCCAGCCUCAGUCGAGAGGCCGAUGUCCUGCCCAACUUCCUGGGAUUUCGGAAUCUCAUGGUGUUGGUACUUGUGGCAAUGAACCUGCGAUUGGUUAUUGAGAACUUCAUGAAAUAUGGCGUGCUAAUCUGUAUUAAAUGCCACGACUACCGCAGGCAAGACGUUGUGCUUGGGUCUAUAUUGUUUGCCUCGGUUCCAUGUCAUUUGCUCGUGGCAUACAUCAUUGAACUUUCAGCCGCUACAGCAGCCAAGCAGACAGUGGGCCGUCAGAAGAAGACAGAGAAAGAGAAAGAGCACGACCAGAAAGUCUUCCAGUCGACAUGGCCGUACACUGCUUUCCUACACACGCUCAAUGCCACGCUAUGCCUCGCAGUAACCAGCUUCGUGGUGUAUUUCUACAUCCACCACCCAGGCAUUGGGACAAUAUGCCAGCUGCACGCGAUCAUCGUGUGGCUGAAAAACUGCUCUUACGCCUUCACAAACCGAGACCUCCGUCUCGCUUUACUCAAUCCCUCCGCAGACCCGGGCUUGCCCAAAAUCUACUCCUCAUGUCCCUACCCGAGGAAUAUUACCAUUAAUAACCUAGCAUACUUCUGGCUGGCGCCGACGCUGGUGUAUCAGCCUGUUUACCCGCGCACAGCAUCCAUCCGGUGGUCAUUUGUUGCAAAGCGCCUUGCCGAGUUCGUGGGUCUGGCGGUGUUCAUUUGGCUUCUGUCUGCGCAGUAUGCCGCACCGGUGUUGCGCAACUCGAUUGAUAAGAUCGCAGUAAUGGACAUUGCCUCGAUUUUGGAGCGGGUUAUGAAACUGUCCACUAUCUCGCUGAUUAUUUGGCUUGCUGGCUUCUUUGCAUUGUUCCAAGCGCUUUUGAAUGCUCUGGCCAGGUCAUGCGGUUCGGAGACCGCGAGUUCUACACUGACUGGUGGAACAGCUCCAGCCUGGAGGCAUGUUUACUCUCCCCUGGUGGGUCGGGGAUGGAGUCCUCUGGCUGCGAGUGGAAUGGUUUUCACGCUCUCUGCGAUCCUUCACGAAAUGCUCGUGGGAAUUCCUACACAUAAUUUCAUCGGUGUCGCGUUCUUUGGAAUGAUGUUCCAGCUGCCGUUAAUUAGCCUCACCGCACCGUUAGAUAAUAUGCGCGGGCCUGAAGGCAGGGUUAUUGGAAACUGCAUCUUUUGGGUCAGCUUCUGUCUAGUCGGACAACCGCUUGGAGCGCUCCUAUACUUCUUCGCUUGGCAGGCCAAGUACGGGAGUGUAAAUUCUCUUCUCAUCAUGGUCGCAUUCAUUGUUCCCGGCAACUACGGUGCCGUCAUUGGCGUCGCUCUCGGUGCCAUCCCCGUCUUGGGCUUCGUGCACGGCAUUAUCACUGGCAGCCUGCGCAAGGAAGCCAAGGUGCCCUACCCCCACAGCUAUGCCUCCAUGGAGCUAUGCAAGGAAAACGCCAAAGCCGAGCAGUUCAACUGCGCCCAGCGUGCCCACACCAACUUCCUCGAGAACGCUUCGCAGACAAUGCUCUUCACCCUGGUCGCCGGUCUUAAGUACCCUGAGUGGGCUGCUGGCCUGGGAGCUCUCUGGGUUUUCUUCCGCGCUCUGUUCCUUUACGGCUAUGUAUACUCGGGCAAGCCGCAGGGUAAGGGCCGCAUGAUCGGCGGGUUCUUCUGGCUUGUGCAAGGUGCUCUGUGGGGAUUGAGUAUCUACGGUGUUGGACGUCCCCUGCUUUCUUUCUAA